UGGCUGGCUGAUGGCUUUGGCCUGCACACAGUCGCGCUUAGCAGCAUAAGUUAUUGAUUUGCCAUAGAGCUGACCGGACGGAGGAGUUGUCGUCGUCUCGCGAAGACAGACGUAUAGAGGAGAAACGAUAGAGCUACUGUGGCAGUCGAGUCGAGGCGAAAAAGUAAAAACGGGAAAAGUAGUGAUUUUUCGUUGAUCGAAGGAAGAAAAAUGAAGUGGCAGUGAGCUGAAGCUGGAGCUGAAGUUUAUCGGGGCGAGCAAAAUUCCUAAUCCGGCGAUUGCUGGGUGUGUGAAUAAUCAUCCUCUAUUCGGGUCGUGACGCGACGGUUUGUGUGAAGGAAGAAAAUCUCGGGGCGGAUGCUUGCGCCCCGUCAGAAAUCGCAUAGCAAUCGGGAAGGUCAGCUGCUGGAGAGCUGGAGGAAUCCCCGUUGUCAAUUGGUGUGUUAUCGCACGAUUGUCACAGGGCGAUGAGUUUUACGUGAUUCGGGUCUGCUGUUGGUGAAAAUUUUCUGCUGGAAGCAGCAGCAGGAGGAGCAAAAGUCAGUGCCAAAAGUGUCGGAUCCGAUAAAGCGAAGAAAAAGUGCAUGUUUUACGUUUUUCGGAGAAAUUUUCUGACGGGAAGCGAAAAUUGAUCCUACUGUGGAAGCGUUUGGUGGGAGCUUCCGAAGCUGGAAUGUGAAAAAUCUUCCAAAUCGCUCGGUGUUGUUCUAAUCAAAAUAGUUUUCCCCUCUCCAGGAGGAAGAAUUUUUCCUCCCUGUCAGUGUGUCGGGAAGAAGCAGUGUAAAAUCCGAUAGCGAAAAAAAAUCCAAUAAAAAGAGUAGUGUAUUAGUUUUGCAUGGUGGUGAGAAGAAAGUGUGAAAGAAAGCAGCACUAGCGAAAAAAAAGUUUAGUUUCACUUCCCUUCGUGUGAGAAGGUGAACCAAGAGGGAAAAGAAAAGAAAUACGAGGCAAAAAAUAUACCAAACAGAGACGACCGGACGGAACAAACCGAGGAGACUGGAUUCUGCUGUCGGAACCUCUUAGUAGGAGGAGAGUGACGACAGAAUGGCUUCCGGCGAUACGGUGGCAGCGAUCGACUCGAUCGACGUAGAGUCGGCGAUGUCGACCAAGAACUCGGAAUACACGACCAGUAGCAGCCAGUACAACAAGGAUCAACUGAUGCUACAGGAGCAGGAUGAAUACGGAAAGUUCAUCAAGGAUACUCCCGGCAAACAAGUGCUCUACGAUGGCAUGUCGGCGGACCAGCCCCUGGCCUCGCGGCCCCACAGGCCCAAGUCAGACAAGGAGCGCAAGAUCGGCCAUCGGAGGGUGGGCGAGGGCGGCGAAAUCACCUACAAGAAGAUCCAAACGACGCAGAUCAUGGGCUCGAUCCAGCUCGGUAUUCAGCACACGGUCGGCAGUCUGGCGUCCAAGCCCCGCCGAGAUCUGCUGAUGAUGGACUUUUGGGAGCUGGAGACGAUAUCGUUUCCCCCGGAGGGCUCCAGCAUGACGCCGGCGCACCACUUUAGCGAAUUUAAGUUCAAAAUCUACGCCCCGAUUGCGUUUCGGUACUUUCGGGACCUGUUCGGCAUUCAGCCGGACGAUUUCAUGAUGUCAAUGUGUUCAGCCCCGCUGCGGGAACUCUCGAAUCCGGGUGCGUCCGGGUCGAUAUUCUAUCUAACCGAUGACGACGAGUUCAUCAUCAAGACUGUACAGCAUAAGGAGGGCGAAUUUCUGCAAAAACUGUUACCAGGAUAUUACAUGAAUCUAAAUCAAAACCCCCGCACGUUGCUGCCGAAAUUCUUCGGCCUGUACUGCUACCAGUGCAAUAGUAAAAACGUUCGACUAGUGGCCAUGAACAAUUUGCUACCUUCGUACGUGAAGAUGCAUUUAAAGUACGAUCUGAAAGGGUCGACCUACAAGCGAAAGGCCAACAAAGCGGAACGGCUGAAACCGUCGCCCACCUACAAGGAUCUGGACUUUAUGGAGCACCACCCCAAUGGGAUCCUGCUCGAGGCGGACACGUGCAAUGCCCUGAUCAAAACCAUCCAGCGGGACUGUCGGGUGCUGGAAUCGUUCAAAAUCAUGGACUACUCGCUGCUAGUCGGGGUGCACAAUCUGGACCAGGCGCUAAAAGAGAAACAGGAAGCGGCGGCGAAAGCCAAAUCCGAAGGGGAAAGCGACUACGAGGACGCACCGGAAGCCGACCAGUAUAUGGUGCAGGAGCGGGAAGAACAACGAGCGACGGCCCUGAACCGGAGCAGGAACUCAACGUACGGAAAAAUGAUCAUUAGAUCGAUCAACCGACAGCGACUUGUUGCGCACUCGACUGCAAUGGAAAGUAUUCAGGCCGAAAGUGAACCGAUUGACGAAGAGGAUGAUGUACCACCGGGUGGUAUUCCAGCGCGCAGCGAAAAGGGUGAGCGGCUCCUACUGUUCAUCGGUAUCAUCGACAUCCUGCAGUCCUAUAGGUUAAGGAAAAAGCUCGAACACACGUGGAAAAGUAUUAUUCACGAUGGUGAUACCGUAUCGGUACACCGGCCUUCCUUCUAUGCACAACGCUUUCAGGACUUUAUGGCGAAAACCGUCUUCAAGAAAAUUCCAUCCUUGGAUCUUCCCGAGAUCAAGGGCAAUCAUAGAAAAUUUCGCACGUUGGUCACCAGUUAUAUAGCGCUUAAACAUUCGCCAUCGAAGAGAAAAAGCCUCUCGCGAGCAGCACAGAGAGCAAGAAAUGAUGAAACUGAUAGUCAACCUGUAGCAGGCAGCUCCCAUCAGCAUCAUCACCACAAUAAUCAGCAACAGCAGCAGCAACAACAACAACAACAACAGCGUGACCAGCAGCGCGAACAGCAGCAACAACAGCAAUCGCAGCAACAGCAACAACAGCAGCAAUUCCACCCCACGCAGACGCAUUUCAAUCAGCACACCACUGGAACGCCAAAGUCUGUAGACACAGAAACGGCAUCCAGUGUGUACGGAGCGUCAACAACCACCAGCACGUCCAGUGGUGGCGGCGGCGUCCCAGGAGCGACGGGCGGCACCACUAAAUCGGCCAUGAAGAUGAGUAGUUCCGCCGUGACGCCUACGAUGCCACCGCUCAAGAAGAAAACCACCAUCGUGAAGGCUAGUGUUCCGCCACCGGUGCCACCGCGAGGUUCGCCCAAGAUGAGCAAAGCGGGUGGCAUGAAGGGUAGUGCCGGAGCGACCGGUUCCCUGCCGAGCCAGUCCAGCAGUGGGCACCGGGGACGGUCCAGUGCAGGUAAACCUUCCAAAAAUCGGCUAAAUCCACCGUCUUUUCCGAACGUUCCUGAAUCUCUGGAGAAUGUCGUCGACUAUACUGGUUCUCCGAACAAGGUGCUCAAUUGGCUCAGCAACCACGACUUCCGGGUUGCCGAAAACGGGGAACACCUAGCCGCCGUGGUGCAGGAAACAGAUCAGAACGAAAACCCACAGGAAACUCAACCCCGUAAGCAGUCAGUCAGUUCUGAGGUGAAAAAGCUGGCACAGAGUUUCGAACGUUCCUCUACCGGAGUGAGCAACAGCUUGACGUCUGUGAAACGUACGCUGCAGAAGCAAUCUUCCGUCCAAAGAUCGGAGUCAAUACAGGACAGGAUCAAGAAGUUUUCUCUCACAGAUGAAUCCAUUCAGCUGCCAGUGUUCAAAAAGCUUACCUUUGCGACUCCGACCACUCAAGAGUCUUCCAAAGUAGACUCAAACAACAACACCGUCAAAGAAAAAUUCGUUCCAAUGGCAGACCGAAUCCAAGAAUACGAAACGGAGCUGAACGACGAAGUUGUUCUAUCGAAGUUACAGGACGUGGUCCGAAGCCGUCGGGAAUUGUUUGACUCCCCCAAUUCCACACUUGAACGUCCGUUAAAGUCCUAUCCUAAGAAGGUUCCGCAGGAGAAACCACCACAGGAGCAGCUCCCACAGGACAAACCCCAAAUGGCAAACGGAUCUCUAGGGAAACACGUUCUGGUAAAGCAGAAGAACUCCCACAGCAAACCUUCGUUGAACCCGGACGAGAUAAAGCGAAAAAUCGCGGAAAUCGAACGGGAAAUCCGCGAGAACGAAGCUCGUUUGCAGGCGUUGCCUCUGGAACCUCCAACGCAGUCAUUAGACCGUCCGAAAAAUGUGAAAAUCACCAAUAAUGACAGUUUUUUGUCCCGUCUUACGCCGCGAUCCGAAGCACAACAUUCGGUGGAAAAGGUGGACGUCCUUCGUCAGUUGGGCUUGCCCUUGGACGAGCAGCAUAACGUCGAAAGCUACCUCAGUCAGUUCAGCUUGGAGGGAGAGUUCGUCUGACAGGAACGUUGCUGCAACAGAGAGUCGAGCGGGGAAUUAGUUUUCGCUAGGAACUGUCCUCCCUUCCGAUUGUUCUUUUAUUUGAUUUUUUCGGUGCUUCAAGUCGCUUUGUGUUCGCAUUGUUUUUCCAUCUGCAUAUACAUACGCUACUUUUUUGUACCCCUUUCCUGAUUAUUUGUUUUUCUCAGUUUUUGCGUAAUAAAUAGCUAGCGCCACUUAAUGAUAUUCAGAAAAACUCUGUUACUAAAUAAGCACAUUAAUUUACUAUUAUAAACAACAGAUUGAAUUGCUCCGAACACUUUACAUCGAAUUUGUUUUAAGUUAAAUUUCAAACAAGUGUGUUGAUAACCUGCAGUUGCUUUCUCCUUCAAUGGAAGAGUUUUGUGAGUAGAUUGAUUUCUGAUAUAAUUCAAUUUUUUUUUUCAAUUCAAGAGAACAAAAAAGAUUUUCUGUAGAGUAUCCGUCAAUCAGAGGAGACAAAGUGUCUUUUUUUAAUUUCUAGAAAAACUACGUAACAGUUUACAACUCCGUAUAAGGACUGUUC